UCCAUUGCUUCCGCAGACAUGGACUUGAAUCAGCUGGAGGCUUUUCUCACCGCCCAAACCAAAAAACAAGGUGGCAUCACAUCUGAUCAAGCUGCAGUCAUCGCAAAAUUUUGGAAGAAUCACAGAGUAAAGAUCCAUGAGAGCCUGAUCAAUCAAAGCCGCUGGGAUAAUGUCUUGAAAAAUGUGAGCUGGCGAGUGGAUCUGAAGUCACAGUCAAGACACAUCAAUCAGAUAAACACUCCUGUUGCAAUAGUUGAAAUGGAAUUGGGAAAAAAUGGGCAGGAAUCGGAGUUUCUCUGUCUGGAGUUUGAUGAGGCCAAGGUGAGCCAGAUGCUGAAGAAACUCUCAGAAAUAGAGGAGAGCAUGACUUCGUUGACCCAGACCACUUAACCAAAUAAAGACAUUGCAACUC